GACGCGAAAAUGUGAAGUUGUUUUGAGCCAACCUGGCUGGAAUUUGUGUUACUGGAACAGGCUCUUUUGCUUUUUUUAUGAUCUAAAACAACUUAUUUGAGGAUUGUAGAGGAGUUUGUUCUACCAUGAUGCCCGGGGACAGUCAGUCCAAGACGGUUGCAAUCGCCGCAGACGCUACGGUUGGGAACUGUCAAAACUGCUCUGUUUUACAUCAGAGUCUGAACGAGUAUGUGUCUUCAUUUCUGGCACUGAAACAGAAGAUAACAGGUUCCGACGACGCAAUCAGACUUCAACAUCAGACAAAAGAACUGCAGAUGAAACUGGUUACUCUGGAGAAAAAGACUGCAGAUUACGAAUCUCUGCAAAAAGAACUGGAGCAAAAAAAGGAUGCAUUGAAAGCUUUUGGACAGAUCUCUGAAGAAUUGGGGAAACUAAAACAGGAGAAUAUCAAGACCAGCACAGAGAACAUGAAACUUGGGGAUGAAUUGAAGACUGCAAAAGAACUUAUAAAAACACAGUCACUUGAAAAUGCACAGCUCAUGAGGGAAAAAGUGGAAGUGGAAAAUGAUUUGCUUCAAUCACAGAUGUCGUUGAAGAAAUCUCAGGCACAAGCAGAUCAAGUUGAACAACUGAUGAAGGAGAAUGCUCAAACAGCAAUCAUAAAUAAGACACUUGAGGAUGAGCUGAAGACUUUGAAAGAAAUCGUGGAGACUCAGUCACUUGAAAGUGCACGUCUCAAAAGAGAAAAGGCUGAAGUGGAAAAUGAUUUGCUUGAAAUACAGACGUCUUUGAAGAAGUCUAAAGUACAAGCAGAUCAAGUUGAACAACUGAUGAAGGACAAUGCUGAGUCAACAAUCAUGAAAAACAACCUUGAAAAUAAAGUUGGACUGCUUGAAGAAUCGGUUUUCAAACAGAACCAUACCAUAAGAGAACUGAAUAAAGAGAAGUUUCUACUAGAGAGAAACAUCCAUGACCUACAGGUGAGACUAAUAAAGCUGGAGAAAGAAAGAAAUAAAGAAUAUAGAAGCACAUCAACUCAAGCAUCUGUACCUGAGGAACCCAAAGUUGACAAAGAAAAGUUCCGGCUACUGCUAGAGAAUUUGUGGGCAUGUGUGGAACCUCAGCAGCAAAUGGAGAACUUGCACUUAACUGAGCCCACCUCCAAGCAAAUUUUACCUUCUUCACCACAAUAUAAGCUGCACCACCACCAGAGGAACAGAACCCAGUCUACUCCUGACAGGACUGAAAGUCAUCAGAGUUGCCCCAUCCAGACCAAUCACAAUACAAUUACACAGUUAAAAAGGAGCCAGUGUUUCAUGCAGAAAGCUAGUUCGCACCAAGAAUCCCAGAAUUGCACCAAAAGUAACAUGGAAAUAGACAUUUCUAAACCUGACGAACAGCCGUCACAGACACACGAAACUGAAGAAUCAUCUGCUUGCAGCCCUAAAAUAUCUGUUGAAGAGAUAGUAGAACUGUUUAAACCAAUGCUUCCCUGUCUAUCACCGCUGCUAGAUACGGAGACAGAAAUGGAGUCGAUGGAAACAGAGGAUGAAGACGAGGACAGUAUUUCUAAAACUGCUGACCAGGUGUCCAGAUAUUGUCCAAAAUCAUCUGCACUACAAACAGAGGGGACUGUGGACUUAACAGUGGUUAACACACACGAAAUAGAAGACAAUUCUAAGGAAAAUUACUUGAAACAAAAAGACGUUGAGGACAAACGCCAAAUUAUGGGUGGCAAAAAGAUGCAUCCUCAAACAAAGGAGCCUGAAGCAAUAUCAGAAUCAUCAUCAUCUUCCACAUUAGACAAGACUGUUUCAGUUGAGGCAGCCUCAUUACCAGCUAAAAACAAAGAGCCACGCUCCAGUGUAAUGGUCGACAGUAGUGGUGCUAAUAUUGAAAUGCCACGUUGCAACAUUGAAGAUACAGGAAAAGCAUUGGGACCCACUGAACCAGGGACAUGGGACAGUAAAUCUGAGAUAUUAGAAAAGAUGGAUGUAGACAUGGGUGCUGAUGACGUCACUGGUAUGGCUGAUGAAGAGUCGCCCACAGAAGGUUAUCCCACUGUAGUUUCUGGAGAAACAUCAGAGCCACGGCCAGUUACUUCCCUAACGUUCACUAGCGCCGUACAAGAUGACAAGGAUACAAAUAAUGAAAAGGAUGGAACAACAAACUGUAAUACAAGUGGCAUGGGACUGGACUGUCAAAAUAUCACUGGUUUGCAAUCCCAGAUGUCUACAGAAUUUCCCAGAGAGGACACAGAGCAGCCGCAAGAUAAUGCGUGUUUGUCAGAAGCAGCUGUCAGCAGCAGCAUCCCCAGCGUGGCCGAUCAGAAUCUCAAACAGAGAGUUGAAAAUAACUUUGCCAUAAAACUUUCUGGAAAGAAAAGUGAGAACGAAGCAGAAGGGACUGGAAGAACUGAUGUAACAGCUUCUCUGUCAUUGUCAAAACAUAUUAGCAGACCUCCAUCACCUUGUAAAUCUCCACUGUUGAAAAUGGAAAUUGCAGGUGAGACUCGUGUUAACCAAGAAUCUGGCAACGCAAACGGUGUAUCUGUUAAAACAAAGGAAGAAAACAGAAAUAGAAAGAGUGAAAUAGCAGCUGGUAGUAGCCCUGUUCUUUGUGAUGUCCAGCUAACGCAGACUGUAAACUGUACGCCUGUACAGGAACCUUCACAUUCUGUCUGCAGACAGAAAAGUCCCUCAUGUCUCGUACCAACAAUAAAACUGCACACACUGGAAAACGACACCAACUCAGAAAAUGACAACAUUGACAGUGAACAUCUUUCAGCAAAUAAGGCAAUACUACACCCAACCUGCACAGAGGAGGAAGAAAAUGUAGGGAACGCUCUAGUCAAAUUGUUUCAAGAGGCAGAAUCUUGUGUUGGACCCACUGUCAGUGUUUCUGUCCCAGUAGAGCAGAGUGUUGUUCAGACAAAUGGACAAAAUAAAUGCUCUGAGUCAUUUAGGGAAACUUCUGCACAACAAAAGUCAGAUAUUGUCAGAGGAGGUGUCUCUCCCGGCGGCUUAGAAGUAAGGUCACCAGUAGCAACCACAGUUCAACUAUCAGAGUUCAUAGGCCAAGCUCGCUGUGAAAUGGGUCCCCCACUUCCUCGUCUCCUGACCCCUCUGAGCACACCUCCAAAACUGGGCAAACAGAUUAAUCCAAGGCAGGCUAUUGGGAAACUGUCUUUUCCUUCACCCAUGGACAGAUCAGGUUCUCCCACCACUCCAGUCCAGGCCCCCACGACACCCAACAAUCAUCAAGUGGGUUCUUCGUCCCUAAACAGCCCACUCCCCCCGAAUGGAGUCCCCUCAUCUCCCCUCCAGUUUGGCUCUGCCACUCCAAAACAUGCUGUCCCGGUCCCAGGCCGCUUGCCUGUUACUGCAAUGAAUUCCUCCUCUUCCUCUUCAUCUUCCUCCAGUCCAUCUCAGGAAAACUCCAUGAGGAUUCUUGACACUAUGUACCCAGAACUCUCUGCCCGCGCCCGAACCCUGAACAUCCUUCGAGGGAAUGUCAACCUCAGCAUUUGUUCCUCCGACAGCGGGACGUUACCCGCAACAGCAGAAAAUCCAAUUUCUAGCUUUAAAAGCAUUAACUCUGCUUCAACAGCCUUCACCAAAACCGAGACGAGAGGAGGGAAAAGACACGCCAUAAGCCCGCCUCAGCCUAAAAACAACAAAUGUCUCAGGUUAGAUCACCGCUCUCCAAGUCAAAGUCCUCAGCGGCUGCCUUCGUCCUCCUCAGACGAUGAUGAAACCACCUCCAAACAGACUCCCAGUGAGAUGACCUCUCCAUCGAUGGACGGUGGACAGUCUGCGGAGUCAAAGAUCAUAGUUCAGUCUUUACAGAAAAUCGAACAAGGAUGCUUUGAUCUAUUGCCUGUAAUCCAGAGCCACCUGUACGUCGGAAACAUGCCAAAGAAACCUGUCUUAAGAGACGAAGAGAAGGAGGUUAUAUCAGAGAUUUGUCAACGCAGCUCGCCCAUUGCAGAUGAAAUGAUUUUGGCCAUUCUCAACAAACUGAAGGAUGACAACAGAGUUCUCAGCAGACACUAUAUGGAGGCGCUCUGCAGAGUUUACACCGGCAUCUGUCGACAGAAAAGCGACUGGGAGAAGGCUCAUAUCCUCGCCUACAGCAUUCUCACAGAAGAUUUUCCAGAUUCUGCUAGGCUGAUUUUAUUUAUGGUGACAACAUGGCCCAGUGUUCUCGCACACACCAGUUUGUUGUGCCAGGCAAUACAUACUGUCACCAAACUGAAAACCCCCAAAGAGCUCCUCAGCUGUAUUUCUGCGUAUAUUGGCUGGGACAAGACACCCCCCUGUGACAUUGACCAGUUGAUAUCAAGAGCAAUGUCUGAGAUCCAGUCCAGAAAACAACUGUCUUUCACUAAACACAGCCGGUGUGGGCAUGACCUGAGCACAGAGGCAUGGGAGCAGGUCUUUACACUUCACCUUCUGUGUGGAUACAAAAAGUGGAAGUGGACCUAUGAAAAUGUAUUGGGUAAACAGCUGUGGCCAUUAAUGAACACGUGGGUGACGCAGCCCAGGGAUGAGCAGACACAUGUCUUGGAUAUGACUGUUGCCACCAUCAUCCGACUCAUAGGACGCCUUGCUCAACUGGGAAUCAAAGAAAGGUGUGUUUCUUCUGUGAUGACAGUCGCCAACGUGAUGAACACUUUCGGUAGACACGGCCAGUCUGAAGGUGUGCCAUGGGAGGUUCAGUUAGCAGCAGUCUACUGUAUUUAUGACUUGUCUCCCUGCAACCCCAAACAAGCCCUGGAUGCCCUGGCAGGAUGGAGAGAAGACACAUCUGGGAGCGUCCCGCCCGCUGUCACCAGCUGCAUUAACCAGUUAGCCUCCAUUUGCAGACAGGUUAAGAGCUGAGAGAGCCCUACAUCCUGUGCACAUACUACUACUGUGGAUGAUAUCCUAUCAAAGCCUGGGGACAUUUUAAAGACAAGGUGGAU